UCGCACCCCGGCCGCCCCCUCCCCUUCCCCCACCCCGGGCGGGGGCGCGCGAGCAGCGGUGACGUCAAGGGGCGCGCGGUGGCAGCACCUCCCCGCGCGCUAGUUAAAAAGAAGAAGAAAAGAGGGAGCGAAACAUGAGAGGCUGCGUGAGAAGCUGCAGCCGCCGGCAGAGGAGACCUCAGCAUCAUCUAGAGCCCAGCGCUGGCCCUGCCUCCGCCUGCCCCGCCGCCGCCAGAGCUCUUUCCGUUCCUGCUACUGUCCCACCUAAACAACUCCAGUUACACGGACAAGUGAACCUCUGUGACCGUCUUCUCCUCUUCCUCCUCUUCCAACUACUUCCCCUCCUCCCACCUCACAGACGCAGCAGAAAGCCCCUAACCCAACUGACAUUGGCACAGCUGCAAACGGUGUCAUCUGCACAACUUUAUCUCUCUCCUCCGGCUCCCCUAAGGCAUCGGACCCAUCGCCGCGUCUUUUACCUUUUGCAAAGUUGCAUCGCUCUACCUAUUUUCGCCCCCAGCCCCUCCCUCUGCCUCUCCGGUGCCCUGCAGCCCGGCAGCCUCCUCCUGGAGCUGCGCCCUAGUGCCCCUGCUGGGCAGUGGUGUCCCCCCCAUCCUCGCGCGCCCAGCCCCUGCCGCUCGGGGCAGACGAUGCUGAAGAUGCUCUCCUUCAAGCUGCUGCUGCUGGCCGUGGCUCUGGGCUUCUUUGAAGGAGAUGCUAAGUUUGGGGAAAGAGGCGAAGGGAGCGGAGCGAGGAGGAGAAGGUGCCUGAAUGGGAACCCCCCGAAGCGCCUGAAAAGGAGAGACAGGCGGAUGAUGUCCCAGCUGGAGCUGCUGAGUGGGGGAGAGAUGCUGUGCGGUGGCUUCUACCCUCGGCUGUCUUGCUGCCUGCUGAGUGACAGCCCAGGGCUGGGACGCCUGGAGAACAAGAUAUUUUCUGUUACCAACAACACAGAAUGUGGGAAGUUACUGGAGGAAAUCAAGUGUGCACUUUGCUCUCCACAUUCUCAAAGCCUGUUCCACUCACCUGAGAGAGAAGUCUUGGAAAGAGACCUAGUCCUUCCCCUGCUCUGCAAAGACUACUGCAAAGAAUUCUUUUAUACCUGCCGAAGCCAUAUUCCAGGUUUCCUUCAAACAACUGCUGAUGAGUUUUGCUUUUACUAUGCAAGAAAGGAUGGUGGAUUGUGCUUCCCAGAUUUUCCAAGAAAACAAGUCAGAGGACCAGCAUCGAACUACUUGGACCAGAUGGAAGAAUAUGAGAAAGUGGAAGACAUCAGCAGAAAGCACAAACACAACUGCUUCUGUAUUCAGGAGGUUGUGAGUGGGCUGCGGCAGCCUGUUGGUGCCCUGCACAGUGGGGAUGGCUCACACCGGCUCUUCAUUCUGGAAAAAGAAGGCUACGUGAAGAUACUUACCCCCGAAGGAGAAAUUUUCAAGGAGCCUUAUUUGGACAUUCACAAACUUGUUCAAAGUGGAAUAAAGGGGGGAGAUGAAAGAGGACUGCUAAGCCUUGCAUUCCAUCCCAAUUACAAGAAAAAUGGAAAGCUGUAUGUGUCUUAUACCACCAACCAAGAGCGGUGGGCUAUCGGGCCUCACGACCACAUUCUUAGGGUCGUGGAAUACACAGUAUCCAGGAAAAACCCCCAUCAAGUUGACCUCAGAACAGCCAGAGUAUUUCUUGAAGUUGCAGAACUCCACAGAAAGCAUCUGGGAGGGCAACUGCUCUUUGGCCCCGACGACUUUUUGUACAUCAUCCUCGGCGAUGGGAUGAUCACGCUGGAUGAUAUGGAAGAAAUGGACGGUUUAAGUGAUUUCACGGGCUCAGUACUGCGGCUGGAUGUGGACACGGACAUGUGCAAUGUGCCCUACUCCAUACCCAGGAGCAACCCACACUUCAACAGUACCAACCAGCCCCCCGAAGUGUUUGUUCACGGGCUCCAUGAUCCAGGCAGAUGUGCUGUGGAUCGACAUCCCACUGACAUAAACAUCAAUUUAACAAUACUUUGUUCAGAUUCCAAUGGAAAAAACAGAUCAUCAGCCAGAAUCCUACAGAUAAUAAAGGGGAAAGAUUAUGAAAGUGAGCCAUCACUUUUAGAAUUCAAACCAUUCAGUAAUGGUCCUUUGGUUGGUGGAUUUGUUUACCGAGGCUGCCAGUCUGAAAGACUAUAUGGAAGCUAUGUGUUCGGAGAUCGCAAUGGGAAUUUUUUAACUCUCCAGCAAAGUCCCGGGACCAAGCAAUGGCAAGAAAAACCACUGUGUCUCAGCACUAGCGGCUCCUGUAGAGGCUACUUUUCUGGCCACAUUUUGGGAUUUGGAGAAGAUGAAUUAGGUGAAGUUUACAUUUUAUCAAGCAGCAAAAGUAUGACCCAGAGUCACAAUGGAAAACUCUACAAAAUUGUAGAUCCCAAAAGACCUUUAGUGCCUGAGGAGUGCAGAGCCACUGUGCAGCCUGCCCAGAUGCUGACCUCAGAGUGCGCCCGGCUCUGUCGGAAUGGCUACUGUACCCCCACUGGAAAGUGCUGCUGCAGCCCAGGCUGGGAGGGGGACUUCUGCAGAAUCGCAAAAUGUGAGCCCACAUGUCGUCAUGGAGGUGUCUGUGUCAGACCGAACAAGUGCCUCUGUAAGAAAGGAUAUCUUGGUCCUCAGUGUGAACAGGUGGACAGAAACAUCCGCAGAGUGACCAGGGCAGGUAUUCUUGAUCAGAUCAUUGACAUGACAUCUUAUUUGCUGGAUCUAACAAGUUACAUUGUAUAGUUUCUGGGACUGUUUUGAGUAUUCCUUUCCAGUGGGCAUUUAUUUUUUAUCCUGUCAUUUUAAAAAAAAGAGAGAGAGACUGUCAUCCUGCUACAUACUCCUGUGAUUUCAUUCUCUUUUAUUAAUUUAAAAAUAAUUUCCAAAAAUGUGGAAAUCCUCUGUGUGUGUGUUGGCACAUUUGUUCACAUAUGCACGUACACAUACACUCAUAACCCCUACACGUGUGGUUACAUAACAGAUGGGUUUUAAAUAUAUAUACUUCCUUGUACAGAGUAAUUUACACAAAAUUCCAUUGUAAAUUGAUAACGGAAUUUUUAUGUCACCAGAAGAGAUGAUUUGACUUCCUAGGAAUUUUCUGUCUGUAAUCACUGAAGUCAACUUUAAUGGAGUUUGAAACGCUGUGCAAUCUGAUCUAAGAAAAAAGGCAAUAUUUUUAUAUUAAAGGAUAUACGAUGAGAGAAUGUUUCAGAACUCCCCAAGGACUUUCUAAGUGAGCAACACGAUAUAAAAUUGUAAUCUUCAUUUUUAUCGGUGUAUCCAAUUACUGAAUGUUACGCACUUACCUUUCUUGUUGGCAGAGAAAUCUGGUUACUUCACCUUAAUCUCAAGAUUGUUUUCAAGUGUGUUAUAAUUAAAUCAUAACAGCAUGUUUUAAAAUCAAUCUUCCUAAAAGGUCUGCUUUUAUUGUAUAUUUGAUUUAACAAUAGGCACUGGGUUUGUGUUAUCUAUUUAUAUUUUUUAUUUUAUUUUUAUAAUAUAGACAUCACCUAGAUGAAACACCUUUACCCUGUCCUGUAAAAUACUAAAGUUACAUUUUUCACCAUCUUAAUUGGAAAGAAGGGGAGUGAGAAAGCAAACAGUCUUUAAUGUGCUGUGGAUCUAAUCUAGCAAUGUAUCCUUGUGCCAACAUGUAAUCAUUAACGACGGACGAAAAAGCAAGAAAACAGCCAAUCUUUAUAAAAUUCCAGCAUUAAACAUUUGUAAAAUGCUUUUCACCAUAGCAAGACUGUCAGAGUAUAUGUGAUUAGAAUGUUGCAGAUCUCCACUGAAUCGAACCUCUCUGAAGAGCUCACUCGUUUUUAACAAAUCUUGGCUCUGUAAGCUGUCACUUGUACAAAUUUUUAAUAUAAUAAUUCUUGCCAAAUAUGCCUUUUAAUGUAUAUGUUCCUUCCAAACUCAAUGAAAAUCCUCUUUGGUUAAUGUAUCAAUAAAUUUUUUGUACAUGUUUUGUUCAGGUUUUUAAAGAAAUGACAUGUUCUAACUUAAAACUGCUAAUAGUUUAGUAGACAUUUUUCUUAAAGGUUUUUGAGGCCAGCUCUUCCUGUUUGGAAUUUAACAAAACUAUAAGGCCUCUUUGCACUACUGAAAAAACACAUCUUCUCAUGACAAGUACAUACCAUUAUCAUUGUCUUUCUUCUGUAAACAUUUGAUCCUCUAAAAUCUAAAUUAUAGAGCAGUAUAAAUCAUGCAGCACCAGCUGACUUUCCAAACCUGCUCCUUACCUUUAGGAACAUGAGCCUCAAUUAAAAAAAAAAAAAAAACUUGCAGCUAGUAGUUCUCUAUUGUUUUAAAGUGAGAGAUUUGCAAUUAAAGCCCAGUGAGCAUUUAUAUAGAAACCACAAUGUAGAAAGAUUGGUUAAGUACACUGCUCUUGUCUUCCAUAUAUGAUUACUUAAGUUUCAAGUGACCUCAUGCCAAAUGGAAAUGGGUUGAGAAAUCUUGGUUCAGUGCUUAGUGAACAAUAGCCUGCAUUAAAAAGUGCAUGCAUAAUUUUGCACAAUUUAGAUUCAAUUGACAGUCUAUUCAAAGAAGUCUCAGGAUUAAAUGAGCAUGGAGACCAAAUUGCCCUCUUAUCCCAGAAAAGGGGUGGUCCCUUCUAGUCACACUAACACUUCAUUGGCCCAACAGUGUGACAAAUCUUGCAAUGAACCAUGAGUUGCCUGCAUCUGUAGGUUAAUAGCAAUCUUUUGUCUCCAUUGCUUUCUCUGCUUAGCCCUUUUACUGAAUUCCAUCACAGAAAGUUUUACAAUUUAAAAAAAAAAAAAAAGUCCUGACAACCAUUUUUGUUAAUGGACCUUACCAUCUAAUAGUCCCUUAUUCAACAUGGGUGACAUUAACAAAAUGUGAACUUCUUGUGAGGGAGCCAGCUGUCUAAAUCUGUCAAAUCGUGCAGUUUUUAUUACACAUUCUCCCAUUCCUAGUUUCACUGAAAACAAUAAGGAUGCUGCUCCAUAUUUAGCAAGACCUGAAAUAUCAGAAGUUUCUUCUUAUACAUUUAAUUUUUCCAACUCUUCCCCAAAAGAAAAAAAAAAUACAUUCUAUUGCCUUUAGUUCUACUGUUUAAAAAUAUCUAAAUUGACCAGAUCCAGAUUUUUUAAUCCAGCUUUUUUUCCCAAGUGAAAGACUCUCAAGUGACUUAGAAAAACAUAUGUGCCCCAGGUGUCAUUGCCUUUUCUAUUGUGAGUCCUUAGAAUAAAAGACCAAGUUCUUCUCAAAAGAAGAUACCAAGAGCCAUGGAUAUUAAACCCAAGCAAAGUAAAUAAAGUCAUUGGAGUCAUUUCUUUUUGUUUUUAGGAAGAAAGUAGAUAGCGCUGGUUAAUUGAUGGCUACAUAUUUUAAACUAAGUGGUUGACUGAAAAACUCUCUUUGACCUUUUCUUUUAAGUAGAUGUUUUAAAUGCGUGACUGUAGAAUUAUCUUCCGUGAUUCAUGAUGGGAGGCAGGUAGGAGUGGGUUAAGAAGUAUGAGCUAGGGAAAAAGUUAUUGCUUCAUUACAUGAAAGCCAACAUCUACUCAGUUCAUAAAGCACACACACAGUCUAAAAUGGAAGAAAAAUGUCCUCGGUAAGAACACUGAUGGGUAAGAUAAAGAUGAAAUAAAAAACUAGAAAAAUGUCUAUUAUUAUUCCCUGUUCAUUCUCAAGCUUAAGCUUUGGGUGUCAGUUGAAUGUGAAGUGAAAUAGUUAAAAAUAACCUUUCUACCACUGUUUCUGCCACAUUCUUGUCAUGGUUCAUAGAACCUUGUUUUCUUGAUAGUUAUUUGAGAUAAUAGGGAAACUGAAUUGGCAGAUUGUGAAAGUGAAAAAAAGGAAAGAUUUCAGAAACUUGAGUGAUGGCAAAAAACUACUUCCAUCCAUGCUUUUUCUUCUUGGAAUUUUAUUUCAAUGUAACUAUUGUAAAAUAUCUUUUAUUUUAUCACAAAGAAUACUAAGAAGUUUUCUCAGAUUAAUGAGCAAUCACAUAAAGAGCCAAAAACCUACCCAGACCAGCAGAUACAAACAGCCUAAAUAGAGAAUUGUUCUCUUUGUCAUUUACUUGCCUCAAAACAGUUAUUUCUUCCCUCUUUAUUCCUUUGACAUUAAUUACAUAACAAUGUACUAACAAUUUUUUUUUUGCAGUUUUUGGCCAGGGCUGGGUUCGAACCCACCACCUCUGGCAUAUGGAGCUGGCACCUUACUCCUUUGAGCCACAGGCGCCGCCCUGUACUAACAAUUUUUAAUCCACCUGCUUUUGACCUUGUUUUUAAUCUCUGAAUCAUAAAACAAGCCUAGUAGGUGUAAAAUACAAGGUUAGAUGCUGUAUGUAGGGUCUUUCAAAGUACACAUUAAAAUUUUAUUAGUCGAACAUUCUGUUAAGUCUCUUAACUUUGAAAUAUGAAAGAGAGUUUCUUGUACCUUCAAUGAAUCCCCAACAAUAAAAAAGAAAAAGAAAUAUGAAAGAAAAACCAAACCCAGAUUUUUUUUUUUUUUUUUUUGUA